AUGGCAGCGAGAAGAUUCGUAUUCAAUGAGUCCAAUAUUUUGGCUCUGAAUAUGAAUGCAGAACAUUCAACUUCUCGAGUAGAGGCUGUGCUAGCCUUUGUAUGGGAAGCAGUUAUUGCAGCUAUGCAGAAAAGGAACAAUAAUAAUAGUAUCAAGAAUUAUGUAAUUCGAAUUCCAAUAGACUUAAGGAGAAGAACUCAACCUCCAUUACCUCAACAAACCAUGGGAAUUAUCAUUCAUAUGGUUGAGGCAAAUUGGGAAGUUUCUGAGGGGCCAUUAGACUAUAAGUUACUAGUGAAAAAAAUUCAAGAUUCAAUAAAGAAUGUGACUAAACAUAGCUAUGAUGUAAAGAAUAUGGAUGAUAGAGUAAGAACAAUGAACAAAGAAGAGCGAAUACUUGGCUCCACUAGUUUAUGCAAGUUUCCUUUCUAUGAUAUUGAUUUUAGAUGGGGUAGGCCAAAAUGGCAUCUGUGGGAAGCGUAG